GCAGUUCGAGUAGAGUACUAGACAACUCCAGCUUCCGUUAACUGUAGAGGGGGCAAACGAUAGCGUUUAAUUCAGCGCACAUAAGGACCUGGAAAAAACGCAAUCUAAUCUAAGGAGUGUAGAUUAGACAAAGCUUUUGUCUUUCAGCAAAGAAAUGACAUUGGGACACGAUCAUCUCUUGAAAUAUAAGAACGCAUUAACGAGCUGAAAUACUUCCCACGCUAUUUCACCUACAAGGAGGAAUUGCAUCUACAUGUAUUCUGAGUUCACCAUCACGAAGUGACACUGAUCUGAGUUUGUGCAGGAACGGUGAGAAAGGAAUCAAAAUGCGCGUAAUCCGUGCAGUUAUUUUACUUGGAUUUUUUUGCCAGCACGCCCGAGGUGAACCUGUCAACCCCAAAAAUGACUCUGCCAUUGAAAUGCACAACGUGACCGAAAACAAAACGGAAGACACCAAAGCAGUUACCGUCACUGCCACCCCCGUAAGUGCCCAAGGCACAGAAAAGAGCUUGAUGACACCCCAAGGCUCCAUUGCUGGUUCUUCCCCUUCCCCAACGACGGUAACAAGUUCAGGUGGUUCUGAACCUUCUUCCACCACUGACUUCAGAAGCUCUACUCACAUUCUUACUACGUCCACCAGUCCAACACCUGGGGAUAAACGGGUCUCCAAAGCCCCCCACUCAAGCUCCACGGUUUUUACGCCUUCUACCGUGUCCCCUAGCCCAGUCCAAACAACCAAAGCCACAGAAGUGGUUCUGUCUGCCUCAACUUCCUACACCACAGCAACCACAGGCAUGUCUUCCAAGCCCAGGCUAACAACAAAAACCAUGGUCCAUAUAACCCAGAAAACCUCAGCAUCCACCUCCGGCAGUGUGAAUCAGUAUGUCCUGACCACAAGCACAUCUGCAACCAAGAGCACGGCCAUAGCCUUGGGCAUGAGGACGACCACCACCAGCACGGCUGUUAACACCUUUCAAAAGCCCUUCAAUAUGACCUUCUCCACAGAGGAUGACCGGGGAAAGGACGGACAGGGAGAGGAAGACUUGUAUAAGAUCUGCCAGAAGCUGAUGAAGGACAUGCAGAAAGCAGAGUGCUCGCUGAAGGGACGUUACGGAGAAAACAGUGAAAUUAUUUUUGAGGGUGGAGUCAUUCGAGUCAGCCCUACGCUUUUGGAAGAAUACUACAAAGAUCUCAAGAGCACACCUGACAACACCACGCUGAUCGCCGUCCUGGCUUCCUGUAGCGCCCUGCUGGCAGUGAUAAUCGGCCUGGCCGUCUACGCGGUGUGCCACUGCAGAGCCAACAGAAAGGACCAGCAGCACCUGACAGAGGAGCUGCAGACGGUUGAGAACGGUUACCAUGACAACCCCACACUGGAGGUGAUGGAGGUGCAGCCGGAGAUGCAGGAGAAGGUGGCCCUGGGUGGGGAGCUAAACAGCAGCUGGAUCGUCCCCGGCAACAGCCUGCCCAAAGAGGACAUACCCGAUGAGGAGGACACACACCUGUAGGCCACAGCCUUUCCCCUUUGACCCCUGAGGUCAACAUGGAUAUGCUACACGCCAGUGAAAAGGAUACUGACAAAUGACUGCGGUCACCAUGGAAACACUGCCAAGCCAGAAGAGAGCACACAUUGGUUGGUGUGGUCACUUAGCUAUAUCACAGAAUGACUUUCUGUGCACCAAUAUGUGAAAGUAUUUAAAUCAUAAAAUGCCAAACUCUCACCCCCAAACCCAAAUAUACAAUCUCUAGGCACUAAAGCUGUAGCUCCUGCCUUGGUCCCUGUGAUGGUCAUGUGACUCCAAUCUGCACAAUUUAACAACUGAAUGUACAGUGCACUAUUUUAAUCUUUAAAAAUAUGCAUGUAAAAAUUAUAUGUAUUUAACUGAUCUUGGAUAUUGUAUAAGGGAAUGCAAUUAACGCAAAAAAGGUUCUAAAUUCAAUUCAACAUUCAAUCUCCUACAGUCGAGGCCCUCAGGUUAGUGGACUGAAUGUACUGCCCCUGGGUUGUGAGGAUAUCUCAUCCCUGGAACGCUUACGGCACUUUUCUGGAGUCCUUGUGACUGGCUCGCUAGUCAGGCUCAUGGGCCCAUGGUAAUAUAAACCUGACCUGGCUGACACUCUGACAUGAGAACUUUCCUGCUUUGCUAAAAGGCAUGUGACAUGGCUAAUGCCACACACAUUAGGAUGAAAUGUGCAAUUGGCUUUGAGAGUCCCAGCGACUCCAUCGCAUGUUGUUGUCAUGUGAUAUGCAACAGCCAAUCAAGACUUCUGGGAGGUCUGGUUAAAUGUGUUGUCUAUACGUGUCGUAUUGUUUUUAAGGAGUACCAAUAGAUAAGACCAGGCAAGUGAUAGUUAGUGGCACAUACGCUGAAGCCAACCAACAUAUGCCCCCUGCCCUGAGACAGCAAAAGUUCCCUUUUGGCUGCAUAUUAUUAAAUAUUUUUAUUUUCAACCACAGGUGCCCUUUGCAAUGACAAAAAUCUAUCAGUAAAAAAUCUACCCCGUCCUGGUGAUCUGUAAUCAUACUCAUUGCAACCCGCUCCCAAAAAAGACUGUGCACAGCCCUAUCACAAAUAUAAUCUGUGGCAAUUGAGCUUUUAAGGCUAAUGCUUUCAUUUCACAGAGACACCCCCAAUCCCAGUGUAGUGAAUGAUUGCUUGGGCAAUUUUAAUAACUGACAAAAACAACCUCUGAAAGUAAGGAAAUUACCAGUGUAAUCACUAUCUUUGUAUAUAUCCUGUGUAAAAGUGAAUUUGUCCAACACACUGUGCAAUGGUAAACAACAUCCAGUAUUAGAUCCAAGACCCAAUACAAAAGGGCCCUGAUAUUAGAAUCUAUGCUUAUGGAAUAUCUGUGCCAAGUUCUGUGGGCUAGGUUAAACAAACUGAUCCAUUUUUGUAUAAUACCAAUAAACAUUUGUGGAAACAUAC